CGACCCUCGAUGCUAUGAAUAAUUGUCAUCACCUAACCAACGAAGAUUCAUCUGCUCGGCGUUUAUAUAUCUUAAGUGUAUAAUUACCAAACUACUUACAUUACUAGCCAAAAUAUAGAAAUAUAUAUAAGGCGUUAAUAAAGUGCACAACCAUGAUUGUUUCGCGAUUAGCGUAUCCCCUCAAUGGAGCCUUGCGACAAUUAGCCCAACAAGCUGCCCGCAACAAUAACAACAGCAACAACAUUGUUCGUCGUCAAAUGUCGGGCAUAGUGUACCGUAGCGGUGCCUUCAAGCCAAAGCCAGAGGAGAUGCCCUUCGGACUGUUUGCCAUACUAUGUGCUGUGAUUCCUGGACUCUUUGUGGGGGCCACCAUCAGCAAGAACGUGGCGAACUUUCUAGAAGAAAAUGAUUUGUUUGUGCCAUCCGAUGACGACGAUGAUGAGGACUAAGUGUGCGCAACGGGAGCGAUAAAUGGAGAAAGCUCUUGUCAGAAUUGGAUAAGCCAACAUCUUAGAGUCUGCUUACCUCAGUUAACGCAACAAGCCAACACUUUACUCACUAACAUUAUUCAUUGUUACUACUAUAGCUCUAAGAUUAAAGAUUCAAUUUUUUGUACCUCUGGUAUUUCGAAUUCAAUUUUAAAAGAAAUCUACAAAUAUUUCAAAUAUUUAUUCAAGUAUGAUUUAAAACUUAAUAACUGCUAAGUUCUCUUAAUAAAGACGAUUGUUAUAGCAAAAUUAAAUAAAAUUGUUGAAAAACAAA